GUUUGCCUUAUGGUGUUUAUUUUAUUUUAUUUUGUUUUACCUUUUGCUCGAUGCAAGUGUUUAGGAUUUGUCGAAGGCAGAUUUUGUUUUUCUCAGUGAACUUGAUUGUUGUAGACACCGCGCUAGCAGGCUAGUGAGGCGCAGUAGAAGCUAAUUACGUUAGCACUGGCUUGAUGAAUAACUCUUGUAGAGUGAGGCUCGGGGAAAGUUUAAGAAAACUCAUAACAUGAAGGUUUGAACUGGAGAGGCAAGGGUAUAAAGGUACUAUGCACUCCGUAAACACGGGACUUUGUGGUUUGAAUGGUUUGUGGUUUUGGUGAGCUGGAAGGUGUGCAGUGCUAUUACAUUACACGUCGAAUCUUCUGUUUACGAAAACGGCGAGGUUUUAAUGAACAGCUUCGUAUUGCCGUUUUCCCCCGAGCUAACUAGGGGGCUAUCCAGGGCAGGUGAGAGAGAACAAGGAAGUGGCCAGGCACCUGGCUGACCGCAUCGUAGCUUUUAGUGGAGUCAAAGUCCAAUCUCGGCUUAUCAAUUUCCUAUUAUGUUACACCUGAAACGCCCAUUCUCGGUGGACUCUUGGCGCUUCCAGGUGUUCCAGCGCCUACGAACGGCCGCAUUCCUUGUGAUGCAGACAUAGAAAGGCUGACAUUGAACGAGGGUUACAUCAACGGGACACAUCACUUCAGGAUGGAGCCUGGUCAGGUGGUGCAGGAGACAUUCACGGUGGAGGAACAACCCCAGCAGAUGCCACCUAUUGUGUCUGUAGAGACCAGUGAAGAUGGGACAACGAAGCGUACAGAAACCACAGUAAAGAAAGUAGUAAAGACUACCACCACCCGCACAGUCAUCCCUUCUGUGUCAGACACACUGUCAAUGGAUGGUGGAGGCUCCGUGACAGGUGGAUACACUACACCCGCGGACCGAGUCUACAGGCAGGGCCCUGGAGUUGCUGUGCCAAUGGACUACCCCACUCAAACUGUGCCCCGAAACUACCACUACGGACCUCCAGUGGGACCUUAUGACGACUACCGCGCUGGACCGCCAUCUGAGGUCUAUACAAGCCUCAACAGGGGAGCUCACAUGGAUGAUCGCUACAGACCGGUUCAUCCAGAUGGGUAUAGGACUCUAGAUCCCAACUACAGAGCCCCCAGCAGGAACCAGUUGGACCCCUAUGCUGCUCAGCCACAGGUUGGGCCUAUGGGAAGUGGUAUGGAGCUUUCCUCCAUUCCAAGGUUUGUUCCAGAGCCAUACGGUCUGGAGGAUGACCAACGCAGCAUGGGCUUUGAUGAGCCCGACUAUGGCAUGGCACCUCCAAUGCAUUACAGCACUGUGCCCCGCAACCCCCAUGCUUACCCUCGUGCUGCGCCUCGCAGGACUGGGAGCUAUGAGGGCCUCUUGGAUGGUGACAUGAGCGGUGCAGGAGAUUACUACUGGGGUGGUGGUGCGCCACUGGCUCAGGGUGAAAGAGGGAGCAUGGCUUCAUUGGACAGCACUCUAAGGAAAGGCCCUGGCCCCGGUGGCUGGCGUCAGCCAGAGCUGCCUGAGGUCAUCGCCAUGCUCAACUAUAGGCUGGAUCCCGUCAGGAGCAACGCAGCUGCUUAUCUGCAGCAUCUCACCUUUAAGAAUGAUAAGGUGAAGUCCGAUGUGCGUCGUCUGAAAGGCAUUCCAGCACUGGUUUCUAUGCUCGACAACCCACACAGAGAGGUUCACUACGCAGCCUGUGGCGCACUAAAGAACAUCUCAUAUGGCAAAGAUCAAGACAAUAAGAUUGCCAUCAAGAACUGCGAUGGCGUCCCGGCUCUGAUCAGGCUGCUGAGGAAGACUCAUGACCAGGAUCUGACGGAUGUUAUCACAGGAACGCUGUGGAACUUGUCGUCUCAUGAUUCUGUGAAAAUGGAGAUUGUGGACCAUGCAUUGCACGCCCUCUCCGACGAGGUGAUGGUUCCCCAUUCAGGCUGGGAGCGAGGGAGCAACGGAGCAGGUGGUGGGGAGGAAAACUGCAAGCCCAGACAUCUUGAAUGGGAGACUGCCCUCACCAACACAGCAGGCUGCCUGAGAAAUGUGAGUUCAGAGCGAAGUGAGGCGAGGAGGAAGCUCAGGGAGUGCACGGGAUUGGUCGACUCGCUCAUGUACAUUGUCAAGUCCCAGAUUGACUGUAAAGAUGUGGACAAUAAGUUGACAGAGAACUGUGUGUGUCUGCUGAGGAACCUGUCCUACCAAGUGCACCGUGAAAUCCCCAACCCUGAGCGCUACCUGGAGGCCACACCAAACCACCAAGGCCCCGCCUACUCCAGCAAUAAGGGCAGUUGCUUCGGUUCCCGCAAGAGCAAAGAUGAGUGGUUUUCCAAAGGAAGGAAAGAUGAGGAUACAGCUGAUGAUACAAUAGACAUUCCAAAAAGGACCUCACCUGCUCAAGGCUAUGAGCUCUUGUAUCAGCCGGAGGUGGUUCGCAUCUACAUGUCUCUGGUGAAGGAGUCCCAAAACGCCACAGUGUUGGAAGCUUCAGCUGGAGCUAUUCAGAACCUGUGCGCUGGACACUGGACUUAUGGCAGAUGCAUCCGUGCCUUGGUGCGCAGGGAGAAAGGUUUAUCCAUGAUGACGGAGCAGCUGGCUCAUAACAACGACCGCGUAGUCCGAGCCAUGUCCGGAGCCCUUCGCAACCUGGCCAUUGAUGGACGAAACAAAGAGCUACUAGGUAAACAUGCGGUGCCUAACCUGGUAAAUAACCUGCCUGGUGCUGGUCAGAGUCAGCCAGUGCGAGCAGUGUCAGAAGAGACGGUGGUGUCUAUACUGAGCACGCUCCAUGAGGUGCUGGGCUCCAGUGUGGAAGCAGCCAAGACUCUCAGGGCUGCUAAUGGCAUCGAGAGACUGGUGCUCAUCAACAAGGAUGGUAAUCGUUCAGAUCGGGAGGUGCGUGGAGCCGGCCUAGUGCUGCAGACAGUUUGGGGCUACAAGGACCUGCGGCGCACUUUGGAAAAGGAUGGCUGGAAGAAGACAGAUUUCAUGGUCAACUUAAACCCUCCCACCAACAAACCCAAUGGAUAUGAGGAAAGCACUCUGCCGCUUAUAGACAAAGGUGGCAAAAGUGACCGGGAAAUGAUUCCAAUGAAUGACAUGGGACCAGAUGCCUACUCCACACUGGACCAGACGGGGAGAAGGAACACUCUGGAUAACACACUCGGACCUACUGACAAAGAUUUAGAUCAGGGAGGGAUGUAUGGGGAGAGGCAGGCCUCUUUGCCUCUAAUGGAUUCUUACGAUGAAAAACUGAUUGUGUGCAUCACAAGACGACAGCCUCCUCCCACUUACUGCCCUUGCUGAACUGACAAUGGGGGACUACCGCUACACUACCGACAUGACUAAACUUCAUCCCUUACACUCACUCUCUUGCAGCUUCUCUUCUUCCCUCUGUCUCUCUGUUACAUUCCUCCAUUGCAGUUCAAACACUCGAAUGAAACCAUAUGGAAAACUGACGAUGCUCUGCAUUCCCUGUGGACAGCCGGAUGUGACACUACGACCACUUGACUCCAAAACCACUCCAUCAGCACUACAGCUUGCUUGGACAACACUAAUGCUCUCUUUCUUUGAGACUGUGGCUUCUUUGGUAUUUUCUCGGAGGUCAGAGCAAAGACUAAUUAAACUAAUUAAAAAGGAACUGUUGGAAUCAUAUCAGGACACUUUAUGGUGAGAUUUUCCAUAAAUGGCUAACACACUCUGUUUUGAAGAAAUCAAGGUUUUCUCUCUCUCUCUCUUUCCUUAAUGGUCACACACUACAAAAUAUGAGUAAUUUCCUACCGCUGGGAUCUUGUAUUUAUCUGUCUAAUUAGAUAUGUGUACAGCUUCUGCUUCUGUUUUGGUAGCGGUUGUUCCUCUACUCGCUUUGCUGUGUACUUUUAGUUACGUAUGCGUGCCAAAUGACACUGCUACUGCUGUGACUGCCACUGCUAACGCGCAACAUGGCACACUCAGACUUUUCUCCAGCAGCCACACUGAAAACUUGUCAUCCGCUUUGUUCUGUUGGCAUCUUGUGUUGGUGACAGCCCAAAGAUGCACGGGCGUGCUGCUUUUUUCUGCAUUUGAUUGUGAUGAUCCACAACUGUACAAGGUUAGUUAUACAGCCAGAAAUAAAGCAGACGAAUGAUUCUCCUCCUCCUCCUUGUUGGAACAGACGGCAAUUUCUAAAGUGAUCUUUCUGUUAAAUGCACCCCCCUUUUUCUUGGUAAUUCUUAGUGGAUAUCUCAAGGAUCCGGUGGGCGCAUUUCCUUAUCUGCAGGUCCAUAAUCUUAUGAAUGUGUACAUAUGCAAGAUUGUCUUUAAUCGUGGGCUAACUGGAGUGCCUCGCUUAUUCAGGAUGGGUCUCAUGGGUGUGUCCAGCGUGACCUGGGUAACUGGUCAAGUUGGUUUUUUUGUUUGUUUUUUUUUGGUUUUUCACAGCAGCGUACAAUUUGGGAGUACUGUAUAUAGAACUCAGAAGUUUUUAUUCUGCAAGAAUAUGCGAUCUUGUAUGUUAUUGGAUUUUUUUUUUUAAUUUUUUUUAAAUUAAACUCUUGAGUUCUGUAUAACUCACUGCUUCACAAAUCCAUAACCUGCCUGGCUUUAAGACUACAGAUCGACACAGUGCUGUCUGUUUUUUUUUUUGCCCACAUUUCUUUAGUACGAUGUUUGUUCUGAAGAGGAAUGCUUAUUCUUAGUGCCGAGUGAGAUGUAGAUACUUACUGCGUGGAUGAUUAAAAGAAGCACUACGGGGUUGUAAAGUGUGAUUUUUCUUUUCUUUUUUUAACCUCCUUUUUUCAUGCCAGUUGAAAUAUGACAGCCUCCUUUUCUCAAAUUAACGAGCUGUCUUCAAGAUUGGACUGACUGAAAGAUGAAAAUGAUAGCGAGCGAGGGCUAGUGUUAGAAAGAGAGGCAUAGACCAGAAUCUAUUAGAUAAAAUCAAGAAAAAAGUAAAAGCACAUUUAAACUAUAUAUACAAGAGAAUAUUUGUUAAUUUUAAUGGUUUUAUGUAUUAUUAUUUUUUAUAUAUAUAUUGAUUUGGGUUUAAUUGUUUUGGGUGCUCUGGGUGAAUGCAUAUGCAAUCUUUUUUUUUUU